UGGAAGCAAGCGGUCACGCUUAUUGUUAUUGCUACGCCAGUCGAGACACAGAUUUCAAAUUCAAGGACGGCACCCUACCAGUGUUCUGAUCAACUAUAUGUCUCGCCCAGCACAGCAAAUUCGACAGGACUGCUAUUUACGUAUAUUGCUACGUGCGACAUAGUCAACGGUGGAGUAGCUGCACGUGGACCACCGGCAGCUGUUAAAACUCGCGUCAUACGUUCAAGUGUACGUUGAAGAAAAGAACUCACGUCGGGCUGUAGCAUCGUUUGCAGCGUUCUGUGCGCCUUUUUUCCCGAAAUACUAAAAUGCUCGUUGCUCAAAGCAUCGAAUAAAUAUCUGGGGCGAAUGAAAGGGAUGCAGUCAACUGCGCGAACUGCUGAUCUGGCAGUUCCCCUUGGAUACAUGUGUUUAUCUUCUGUUGACGAGCCGCACAGAUGUUCUCUCCCUCAAUGUGCAGAGAGCACGCGUCGCACGUGACACCGUCGUACACGCAUCGAAGGUGGGGCAAAAUAGUGGGACUUGUCCUUCUUUCUUACUGUGUAUUAGAUGUUUUUGCUGUGUAAACCUAGACCGCCUCCACAGUUUCGCCCGAGCGAGAUAAGAUAACGACGAGGAAUAUGACGACGCGCGCAACCAUGCACGCAAGCUAGACAGGAGUGGAAAUCAAGAAACUCGCAGUCGUUCAUCGGAAUUUUUUCCCGGUAUUCGUGGACCGUCGCUUCGUGCUUCUAACUCUCCCCGUUUGGAAUGCUUUACAAAGUGAAGACGACGAGGGCCAUCCUGGUGAACGGUUCCAAAUUCGUUUAUUCAGCCGCCAGGAACACUACCUCUAGCCGCUGUCUGAAGCUCCCUGACAGCCGUGCCGCAAGUUCCGGAGGCCUGCUGUUAUUGCUGACAAAAGUGAGGCGAAUUUUACCGGAGCUUCGAUGGCCGCGUGCGGGUUGCAGACGUCGAACAGUUCCAAACGGAAUGGGUACGCAAACGGGGGCAAGAACCUUCAUUGUGGUAACCUGUCAUCGAGCAGCAGUAGCGCUGCCAGUUCCAGCGACUCCGACUCUUCAGAGACAUUGGAUGUCGGUAAACCUCCAACGUGUUUUGUUACGACGACGACCGUGGACACCGCAGAGUCCAACGAUGGUGACAACAGUUCUUCCGACGGUUCGGACUACGAGGAAGACAGCCCGGUGGUUGGUUCGAACGUUUCAAAGUCUACCAAUGCGAUGAAAGUACCGCAAGUGACACUGGUGAAUACGAGUGACUUUUCUCACGGAAUGGAAGUGCAGAUAAGUCCGCAAGGAAGGUUAAUGCAACCCGUCCCUACUGUGCGGUUCGUGAAUCUCCUUGACGACCUGCAGUAUGCCGUCUGGCUCAGCUUCGUGCGUGAGUGCGGCCAAGUAGCUGGGAACUACAUGCAUCCAGACUCCCCUCUGCCAGGGUCCUACUGGAAUGAGAAAUGUGUUUCUUUUUCCCGCCUGAAACUGUUCAUGUAUGACGGCUUCAACAGCACACCGGUAUCCUUGGUGUGCAACAAGCGCUACUUCCUCCAGAUAAACUUCGGCAUUGUCAACGAUGCGGGUCACAUACUUGCCAGUACGGUCAUCAAGCAGGGUCUUAUUGGUACAUGGUUUGUGGCUGUCAACUGCAAUCGGUCCAGCACUUCCAGUAAGAAACAGAGUUUAGGGGCAACAGGCUUGGCAAAGAGAUGCAAGACGGACUGAUCCUGACUCUCCUGCUCUGCAACUGUAUCAUAUUGUGUAUAGCUGUGAAUAAACUUUUUCAUCUGA